AUGUCCACUGCGCCUCAUCGGAAAUACCGUCGUCCACGGCAACCGCAGCAGGAGGAACCUGAGACUCCCAGGUCUGAAAGAAAACGCCCAAACAAGGGCCGUUACAGCGACGGCGUGUGGUGGUGCAAUUGUGAACCCCGUAAGGAGCUCACCCUUCUUGAAACAAAGAAGAAUGGCCCCAACAAGGGCAAGUUCUUUUACAAGUGCUUCGACUGCAAUCUCUUUCUGUGGUGGGAUGCCGCCAAAGCCCGUGAAACCGGCCUCACACCCUCCAAGAACGCUGCUCAGCCGCCGCAGCCCAAGACACCGUCCUUGACCCAGCAGCCCUUGACGGCCUACGGCUAUCAGCGUACGCCCGGAGGAGGACUUCAGGCCGACCCUAGCAUUCCUGACGUCAGCGAUUCCGACGAGGACUUGGCUCCGGACGACGCCGGAGCUCCGGAAGCCGCCGGUAUGCAGACGCCAUGCCCCCCUUCGUCCAAGAGGAAGCGGGAUGCCUUCGAAGACGAUGAGUUCAGUGACCUAGAGUCGGAUGAGGAAAGGCAAAUGGUCGAGAUGGCCGAUAAAAGCGCAGAAAAGCUGCAAGCUCAACAACGGGCAUAUGCCACUCCCUCCAACACACGCUCCACCGAUAUCAUCGCCGGCCUCCCCACUCCGUCCGUCGCCCGCACUCUCUUCCCGGCACCGACCUCCGAGAGCAAGCGCCAGAAGCAGGUCACCUUUGAGGACGUCAGUCUCGUCUCACCAGCCACGGAAGCCACGCUGGGUCGAGACACUCCUGCAACUACGCCUGCCCGCUCUGUUGCACCACCCCCGAGCAGCCCUCCAAAUGAUGGAUAUGAUGUGACGGAUGAGGUCAUGGCCCUGCUUCGUGACCAAAAUGUCAGCCCCGACGUGCUCCGCUCCGUACGGAGCACCUUGGCCACCGCUGCCCGUCGGGCCAAGGGCAUCGCCUUGGGACGUGACUCCGCGAGAGCUAGCCUCAAGACCCGCGACGACAAGAUUGCCUCGAUGCAGGAACGCAUCGCGGCGCUGGAGAAUCGAGAGAAGAUGCACCGGAGCCAGGUGACCAACAUCAAGGCCAAUCUGAUGAAGAUGUAUGAGGAUAACUGA